GCUUUUGAGCUAUAGCCCCAGUCCUCUUCUAUUCCUGAAAUGCUUUCAUUUCAUCUCCUUGCUCUUUUCACUACUAUGUUCUUCUCUUAUAUAAACAUAGCUACUUAUUUAUCCUGCCCCACACUUUGUCUUUUCUGCAUGUUCUCAUCACACAGCCCACCAAUCACCACUUACCUGGUUUUGCUGAAAGAUUCCAUCACACUUCUAUGUAGUCCUUUCCUCUUUCAUGGACUGCCUAUCUUUCUCCUUGUAUAUCCCAGGAGGUCAGGAUGGUUGGGGAGCGACGAACAGGGGACCUUAUGGUACCCUUAGGGCCCCAGCUGCAGGCAUACCCUGAAGAACUCAUUCGACAGAGGCCUGGACAUGAUGGACACCCUGAAUACCUGAUCCGAUGGCGUGUCCUCAAGUGUGGGGAAGAGGGCAAAGUGAAAGUCGAGGAAGACAAAGCAGAGCACCUCCUCAUGUGGCUGUCAGCCCCAGAGGUCUAUGCCAACUGCCCCAUGCUAUUGCGGGAGCGAACACUAUCUAAAGGACCUCAGUAUGAACCUGCUGGAGAGGUAGGACUCUUCCCACAAGACCUAGGAGGCCUGGAUGAGUUGGCAGUGUCAGAGAUGGAGGCUGAUGUGCGGGCGCUGGUACGCAGGGCUGCCAGGCAGCUGGCAGAAGGUGGGACCUCAAGCCUGACGGCUGCUGUGCUUCACACUGUCCAUGUGCUCAGUGCCUAUGCCAGCAUUGGGCCCCUCACUGGAGUCUUCAGGGAGACAGGAGCCCUUGAUCUGCUUAUGCACAUGCUGUGCAAUCCCGAACCUCAGAUCCGUCGGAGUGCAGGCAAGAUGCUGCAGGCUCUGGCAGCCCAUGAUGCUGGGAGUCGGGCUCAUGUCCUUCUGUCACUGAGCCAGCAAGAUGGCAUCGAGCAACACAUGGAUUUUGACAGCCGCUACACUCUACUGGAGUUGUUUGCAGAGACCACAUCUACUGAGGAACACUGCAUGGCCUUUGAGGGCAUCCACCUUCCUCAGAUCCCUGGAAAGCUGCUCUUCUCCCUGGUAAAGCGCUAUUUAUGUGUCACUUCCCUGCUGGAUCAGCUAAAUAACAGUCCAGAGCCAGGAGCUGGAGACCAAAGCUCUCCAUGUCUCUCAAAGGAAAAGAGCCGGGGACAGCGGGAGCUGGAGUUCAGUAUGGCAGUGGGCAACCUCAUUUCAGAGCUGGUUCGGAGCAUGGGCUGGGCCCGGAACCUUAGUGAACAAGGCAUUUUGCCACCCCGGCCAUCCCGGUCCAUCUUUCAGCCCUGCAUUUCAGGCCUUCCGCUGUUACUGCCCACCAUGGUCACUACUCCAAGGAAGCAAGGGCGGGCUUUCCGCCAUCGCUCUGAAUUCUCUAGCCGUAGUGGUUAUGGUGAAUAUGUUCAGCAGACAGUGCAGCCCGGCAUGCGGGUUCGGAUCCUCGAUGACUACGAGGAGAUCAGUGCUGGUGAUGAGGGCGAGUUCCAGCAGAGCAACAAUGGUGUGCCCCCUGUGCAGGUCUUCUGGCAGUCAACUGGCCGCACCUACUGGGUACAUUGGCACAUGCUGGAGAUCCUGGGGCCUGAGGAAGCUACUGGGGAUUCCACUUCAGCAGCUGUGGAGAAGAGAGACGGGACUACUGUAUUGGGCACAGCCUCAGCACUUCCCUCCUGGGACUGGAAGCCUGCAUAUGGCCUGUACUCACUGCCAUAUCUCCAGCCUGAGCUCCAGAAGACUGAGGAGUCAGGAUGCCUGACCCAGGCAGAGUGGUGGGAACUACUUUUCUUCAUCAAGAAGUUAGACUUGUGUGAGCAGCAGCCGAUUUUCCAGAGUCUGCAUGAGAAACUGGAUAAGGCCCUCAGUGAAAAAGCCCUAGGUGAGAUCUCUGUGCCCAGAGAGAUGGCAGAGGGGGUGCUGCAGGUUCUCAGUAACCGCUUUGAGGGCAGCAACCUCUGUGACCUGCUCAACUCCCAAAUCUACACCAAGUAUGGGCUAAUGCCUGAGGACAUGAGCAGCUUGCCUUCUUCACGGAGUCACUCCUGUACCCCAGAGCUAGAGGAGGAGUCAAAGUCGGCAGCCAGCAUCUCAGAGGAAGAAGCUGAGUCCUGCAAGGCCAAGAUUGAGGCCUCAGAGGCAGGGCCUGCUGGUCCAAAGAUGGAGUGCCCCAAAGCACAGAGUGAUUCACAGCUGUUCAGUCAGCUUCUGGUGAAAGAGGGGAUGGCUCUGUCCCCUGAAACACAGGAAGCAGCUACUGAAAUGGCCAGAGCCUUGCGGGGCCCUGGUCCACGCAGCUCCCUGGAUCAGCAUGUGGCAGCAGUCCUGGCCACUGUGCAGAUCUCCAGCCUGGACACAGACCUGCAGCUCUCAGGGCUCUCUGCCCUCUCCCAAGCUGUGGAGGAGGUCACUGAGCGGGACCACCCUCUGGUCCGUCCUGACAGAUCGUUGAGAGAGAAGCUAGUGAAGACCCUGGUGGAACUGCUGACCAACCAGGUGGGAGAAAAGAUGGUGGCGGUGCUGGCCCUACGCCUCCUUUACCUGCUCAUGACCAAGCAUGAAUGGCGUCCACUCUUUGCCAGGGAGGGUGGCAUCUACGCUGUGUUGAUUUGCAUGCAAGAAUAUAAGACAUCUGUUUUGGUACAGCAGGCAGGACUGGCGGCACUAAAGAUGCUAGCCAUUGCCAGUUCCUCAGAGAUCCCCACUUUUGUGACCAGCCGAGAUUCCAUUCAACCUUUGUUUGAUACACAGAUGACCAGAGAGAUCUUUGCCAGCAUUGACUCAGCUACACGUCCAGGGUCUGAGAGCUUGCUCCUUAGUAUCCCUGCAGCUGUGGUCCUGAUGCUGAACACUGAGGGGUGCUCCUCUGCAGUGAGAAAUGGUUUGCUUCUCCUCAACCUGCUUUUGUGUAACCACCACACUCUGGGAGACCAGAUUAUAACCCAAGAGUUGAGAGACACCUUGUUUAGGCACUCGGGAAUAGCACCGGGGACAGAGCCAAUGCCUACCACACGAACCAUCCUCAUGAUGCUUCUCAAUCGCUAUUCAGAGCCUCGGGGAAGUCCUGAGCGAGCAGCACUGGAAAGCCCAAGCACCCAAGGCCAGGAUGGGUCCCCUGAGUUACUCAUCCGAUCUCUGGUGGGAGAUCCUUCUGCAGAGCUCUUCCUGGACUUGGAGCGUGUGCUGUGCUGUGAAGGCAGCCCUCAGGGUGCUGUGAGGCCCCUCCUCAAGCGCCUCCAGCAGGAAACCCAGCCUUUCCUCCUGCUGCUGAGAACUCUAGACGCCCCUGGGCCCAACAGAAGCCUGCUGCUCACAGUCCUCAGGGUCACGAUGCGACUGCUGGAUUAUCCUGAGGCCAUGGUCCUCCCCUGGCACGAGGUCUUGGAGCCCUGCCUCAACUGCCUUAGUGGCCCAAGCAGUGACUCUGAGAUCAUUCAGGAACUGGUCUGCUUCCUGCAUCGCCUGGCUUUGACGCAUAAAGACUAUGCAGUAGUGCUUUGCUGCCUGGGAGCCAGAGAGGUCCUCUCCAAAGUCCUGGACAAGCACUCUGCACAGCUCCUGCUGGCCUCUGAGCUUCGUGACCUGGUGACAGAGUGUGAGAAACAUGCCCAGCUCUAUAGUAAGCUCACCUCAAGCAUUCUGGCUGGAUGCAUUCAGAUGGUGCUGGGCCAGAUUGAGGACCACAGGCGAACCCACCAACCCAUCAACAUCCCUUUCUUUGAUGUGUUUCUCAGGCAUCUCUGCCAGGGCUCCAGUGUGGAAGUGAAGGAAGACAAGUGCUGGGAGAAGGUGGAGGUGUCCUCCAACCCACACCGGGCCAGCAAACUGACAGACCGAAACCCCAAGACCUUCUGGGAGUCCAAUGGUAGCACCGGCUCCCACUCCAUCACCUUGUACAUGCACCGUGGUGUUCUUAUUAGGCAGCUGACUCUGCUUGUGGCCAGUGAGGACUCAAGUUACAUGCCAGCCAGGGUGGUGGUGUUCGGGGGUGACAGUGUCAGCUGCAUCAACACUGAACUUAACACGGUGAAUGUGAUGCCCUCUGCCAGCCGGGUAGUCCUCCUGGAGAACCUGAACCGCUUCUGGCCCAUCAUCCAGAUCCGCAUAAAGCGCUGCCAGCAGGGUGGCAUCGACACUCGGGUUCGGGGUGUGGAGGUGCUGGGCCCCAAGCCCACUUUCUGGCCAUUGUUCCGGGAGCAACUAUGUCGACGCACUUGUCUGUUCUACACAAUUCGGGCACAAGCAUGGAGCCAAGACAUAGCAGAGGACCGCCAGCGCCUCCUCCAGCUCUGUCCCAGACUGAACAGAGUUCUGCGCCAUGAGCAGAAUUUUGCUGAUCGUUUCCUCCCUGAUGAUGAGGCCGCCCAAGCACUGGGCAAGACCUGCUGGGAGGCACUGGUCAGCCCCCUGGUGCAGAACAUCACCUCUCCGGGUAAUCGCCCCAUGCCGAGCCUCCACACCAGCUCCUCACAAGUCUCAGAUGCUGAGAGUGUAAGUUCCCUGGGAUGGCUGCUGGACCAGUACUUAGAGCGGAGGGAGAGCGUGCAGAGCUCCCAGAGUCAAGCUCCGUCCUUUGCUUCACGAGUUCGGCGCCUGUGCCACUUGUUGGUGCAUGUGGAGCCCCCUCCUGGGUCUUCUCCUGAAUCAUCCACACAGCUCUUCGGCAAGAACAGUAAGAGUCAGAAUGGAAGCCCUGUGCUAUCCCCAGUCCUUCCCAGCAGCAGCCUCAGGAACAUCACCCAGUGUUGGCUGAGUGUGGUGCAGGAACAGGUCAGCAGAUUCCUGGCUGCAGCCUGGAGGGCCUCAGACUUUGUGCCUCGUUACUGUUCUCUCUAUGAACGCUUGCAGAGAGCAGGCUUGGAGCUGUUCGGGCCUCGGGCAGCCUUCACUGUGGCUCUGCGCAGUGGCUUCUCCGGAGCCCUGUUGCAACAGUCCUUCCUCACUGCCACUCAUAUGAGUGAGCAGUUUGCUAGGCACAUUGACCAGCAAAUCCAGGGUGGUUUGCUUGGCGGAGCCUCUGGAGUGGCAAUGCUGGGGCACCUUCAGCAGUACCUGGAGCCCAUCACGGUCCUCUCUGGCCUAGAGCUGGCUACCACUUUUGAGCACUUCUAUCAGCAUUACAUGGCUGACCGUCUCCUGAGCUUGGGCUCGAGCUGGCUGGAGGGGGCUGUGCUGGAGCAGAUUGGCCUCUGCUUCCCCAACCGCCUCCCCCAGCUGAUGCUGCAGAGCCUGCACACCUCAGAGGAGCUGCAGCGUCAGUUCCACGUUUACCAGCUCCGGCAGCUUGACAGGCAACUCUUGGAGCAGGAGGACCAGGAGGAAUGGAGGCUAGAGGAAGUGGAGGAAGAAGACAAGGGGCAGGAGACUGAAAAGGAAAUCCUUAAAGAAGACCCAGGUCCAGAAGUCUCUGUACUGGUCCUGUCACCACGCUGCUGGCCUGUCUCUCCUCUCUGCUACCUGCACAAUCCCAGACAGCAUCUUCCCACAGAGUUCUGUGAUGCCCUUGACCGCUUCUCCAGCUUCUACAGCCACAGUCAGAACUACCCAGUCUUGAACAUGGGGCCACAUCGGCGACUUCAGUGGACAUGGCUAGGCUGGGCUGAGCUGCAGUUUGGGGACCAGACCCUGCAUGUGUCCACAGUGCAGAUGUGGCUGCUGCUGACUUUCAACCAGACAGAGGAGGUGUCAGUAGAGAGCUUGUUGAAGACUUCUGGCCUCUCCCCAGAGCUUCUGCACCAGGCACUUCUGCCCCUUAUUGAGGACAGUGGUCCUUUGACACUGGAGGAGGCUCAGAACCUUCCACAGGCGGGGAUGCUGCGGCUUCGUGAGCCUAGGUCCCAGCCCCUUGAAGAGGUCCUGUGGCUGAUACCUCCCCAGACAUAUUUCAGUGUAGAAAAGGAUGAGGGCCGGACCUUGGAACAGAAGAGGAACCUCUUGAGCUGUCUUCUUGUCCGGAUACUCAAAGCCCAUGGGGAGAAAGGCCUCCACAUCGAUCAGCUGGUUUGUCUGGUGCUGGAGGCCUGGAAGAAGGGUCCAAAUCCACCUGGGAGCCUGGGCCGCACUGUGUCAGGGGGUGUGGCCUGCUCCAGCACCGAUGUUCUCUCUUGCAUCCUGCAUCUCCUGGGCCAGGGCUAUGUGGAACGGCGUGAUGACCGGCCCCAGGUCCUGAUAUAUGCUACCCCAGAGCCCAUGGGACCUUGCCGGGGUCAGGCAGACGUCCCCUUUUGUGGCAACCAGAGCACUGAGACCUCCAAAUCUAGCCCAGAAGCUGUGCUGGCCCUGGCUUCUCUACAGCUGCCUGCAGGCCGGACCAUGAGUCCCCAGGAGGUAGAAGGAUUGAUGGAGCAGACGGUGCAGCAGGUGCAGGAGACGCUGAACUUAGAGCCAGAUGUAGCCCGACACCUUCUGGCACAUUCCCACUGGGGCACCGAGCAGCUGCUGCAGAGCUACAGUGAUGACCCAGAGCCUCUGCUUCUUGCAGCUGGGCUACGAGUACCCCAGGCCCAGGUUGUCCCCACACGUCCUGACCACUGCCCUGUCUGUGUGAGCCCUCUAGGACCCAACGAUGAUGCGCCCUCCCUCUGCUGUCUGCACUGCUGCUGUAAGUCUUGCUGGAAUGAGUACCUGACGACUCGGAUAGAACAGAACUUUGUGCUGAAUUGUACCUGCCCAAUUGCUGACUGUCCUGCUCAGCCCACUGGAGCCUUCAUCCGGGACAUUGUCUCCUCCCCAGAGGUCAUCUCCAAGUAUGAGAAGGCCCUCCUGCGAGCCUAUGUGGAGAGCUGCUCCAACCUGACAUGGUGCACCAACCCUCAGGGCUGUGAUCGCAUCCUGUGCCGCCAGGGCCUGGGCAGUGGAACCACCUGCUCUAAGUGUGGCUGGGCCUCUUGCUUCAACUGUAGCUUCCCUGAGGCACACUACCCUGCCAGCUGUGGCCAUAUGUCCCAGUGGGUUGAUGACGGUGGCUACUAUGAGGGCAUGAGCGUAGAGGCCCAGAGCAAACACCUGGCCAAGCUCAUCUCCAAACGCUGUCCCAGCUGCCAGGCGCCCAUCGAGAAAAAUGAAGGGUGUCUACACAUGACCUGUGCCAGAUGCAACCAUGGGUUCUGCUGGCGCUGUCUCAAGUCCUGGAAGCCAAGCCACAAGGACUACUACAACUGCUCUGCCAUGGUGAGCAAAGCAGCUCGCCAGGAGAAGCGGUUUCAGGACUAUAACGAGAGAUGCACUUUCCACCAUCAGGCCCGGGAGUUUGCUGUGAACCUGCGGAACCAGGCCUCUGCCAUCCACGAGGUGCCCCCACCUAAAUCCUUCACCUUCCUUCACGAUGCCUGCCGGGCCCUUGAGCAGGCUCGAAAGGUGCUGGCCUACGCCUGUGUCUACAGUUUCUACAGCCAGGACACGGAGUACAUGGAUGUGGUGGAGCAGCAGACUGAGAACCUGGAGCUGCACACGAACGCCCUGCAGAUCCUCCUCGAGGAGAGCCUGCUGCGCUGCCAGGACCUAGCCUCCUCCCUGCGCUUCCUGCGGGCUGAUUGCCUCAGCACAGGCACGGAGCUGCUCCGGAGGAUCCAAGAGAGGCUGCUGGCCAUCCUGCAGCACUCCACCCAGGACUUCCGGGUUGGACUGCAGAGUCCAUCAGUAGAGGUUCGGGAGGUGAAAGGAUCCAAUGUGCCCAGCAAUCAGCCCCAGGGCUCCUUGGGGCUGGAAGCCGAAGAGGAAGAGGAGGAAGAGGAGGAUGUACCCGAGUGGCAUCACGACUUUGAUGAGGAACUAGACAACGACAGCUUCUCCUAUGACGAAGAGUCAGAGAACCUGGACCGAGAGACUUUCUUCUUCGGUGAUGAGGAUGACGAUGAUGAGUCCUAUGACUGAGGGGGGUGGCAGGAAACACCAGGAGCUGCUCCACCAGGCAGGGCCACAGGGCUGGGGACUUCAGCCCUCCACUGUCACAUGAGAGGGGAUUCCCAGUGUGUGCAGCACCUUCUGUUUACUGAAUAAACUUUUUUCACACACUC